AUGGGAAACACUGAGAAAUUGAUGAAUCAGAUCAUGGAACUGAAAUUCACCAUCAAAAGCCUCCAGCGCCAGGCCCGGAAAUGCGAAAAGGACGAAAAAUCCGAAAAAUUGAAGGUCAAAAAAGCCAUUGAGAAGGGCAAUAUGGACGGCGCCAGAAUCUACGCCGAGAACGCCAUCCGGAAGCGCAGCGAACAGAUGAAUUAUCUCCGGCUGUCCUCCCGUCUUGAUGCCGUGGUGUCGCGGCUCGACACACAGGCUAAGAUGACCACAAUCACCAAGUCCAUGGGAAAUAUCGUCAAAUCACUCGAGUCGACCCUCGCAACUGGGAAUUUGCAGAAGAUGUCGGAAACUAUGGAUCAGUUUGAAAAGCAGUUUGUUAAUAUGGAGGUGCAGGCGGAAUUUAUGGAGAGUUCGAUGGCCGGAAGCACCUCGCUGUCGACUCCUGAAGGGGAGGUUAAUAGUCUUAUGCAGCAGGUGGCGGAUGAUUAUGGGCUUGAGGUGUCGGUUGGCCUCCCCCAGCCGGCCGCUCAUGCUGUCUCGGUGAAGAACGGGGAGAAGGCGGAGGAGGAUAACCUUUCUAGGCGUCUCGAAGAGCUCAAGGCCCGUGGAUAG